UUAGAGACAUUUUACCUGCUUGGGCGUCGCCAUGGUAACCAGUUGACUGCACUUCCGUCCAUUACGCGACGGGAGAGUGUCAAACAAGUUUUUCAUUACAUGGUUCACAUCGUCUCAGUUCUUUUUUCCCCAAAAGUUUGUAACUCAAAGUUCAACGUGCGCGUCAGGAACGUGUAAGGGAAUUCACUUUGAUGGCGUCACGUGACAUAACGCGUCGUCUGACUGUGACGUCACACUGGUUUGCGGUGGGGAAAAGGCAUGGAUUAGGAUUUGGGAUUAUCAGGAUAUGAUUAUGAUGAUGAUCUUUACGGUCAUUGUGAACAACAAGCACCAACGGCACAAGCUGAUCGUGACGUUAUCAUGACUCGUGACGAGCAACCUCGCAGUACUGUAGAGCAUCUGAUCAAGCACUUCCUCCCACGUGUCUGCCAUCGCUUCCUUCUCAACCAAUCGGAAGAGCUGCGGCUUGCUGACGUCAUCCUACGCGCCCUGUUCGGCGCGCUGAGUGGUGCAGCCAUGUUUGCCGCCAUUGCACUGGGCCUGCCCCUGACCUUUGACCUCAAGCUGGCCACAGGAUGCCUCUUUACUGGGGCGUGUGUGGUGGGCGGGGCCACAUCAUCGGCCUUCAGAUGCGCCGUCCUGCUGAUGUUUCCCAGCAUGCUCGGCUCCCGUGGACGCACCUUCCUCUUGCUGCUCGUUGUCUCUGCGCUCUAUUCAGGUCCGGUGUCCAACAUCCAGCACAACGUCGAGACGGCCGCGGAGUCUCUGAGUUGCAAUCUGGACCUUCAAGUGCGCAACGCCAAGUUGUUGUGGAGAGACGCUGUCAAGCCCUUCCUCAAGGUGGCGAAAGAAGUCGUGCAGGGAGAAGCGGAAUUCGAGUCAGAAGCUCGCGGCGCCCAUGGCGCCUUCGCCGACGUCCGGCAGGAAGUUCUCGGUCGGGACGCGAACGGCCGGCUGCUGAAUGAGCGUUCCCAAAACGCCGACCGGAACAGCACGCAGGAACGUUUCGCCCUCAGCACCUUAAUGCAGUGCGACGGUAUGGUCAAGGGGGGCAUCGCGGCGUGCACCAAAUGGUUCUCCGACAAGUGGGCGGAGUGUGCCAAGGCCAUCCAGGUGCCCGUCAUCAAGCACAUCCUGUGCGUGCCCAUGAAGUUCCACUUCCUGUGUAACAUCAUGAGAGUGAUGAUGGGCUGGUGCAAGGAGCACAUCCCCGUGGAGAAAAACUUUGGUCAGCUGUUCGAUCAUCUCAACACUUCCAUUGAUCUUCUCAAUCAGGAGUUCACCAGCAAGCUUGUCGUCAAGGAGUAUCAGCAACAGGCGGCUCUGGAUGGACAGCUGCUGGACGGGGACUUCACGCGCGGCAUCCAGACUUCUUUCCGACAGGUGGCCGCUCGCAUACGCAAACUGCUGGACAUCUUCCGCCUCGUCAUGUCCUUCGCUUUCUUGUCCGUGUUCACGCAGUCUCUCGGUUACGUGCGACAAUUCCGAGGAGACGUUUACUUCGAUAACAUGUACAUCACUAAAUACUUCGGCAUCAUCGACCAACGCAGGAAGUCGCUGGGGAAACGGCAUUUAUUACCUCUCACGCCAUCUGAGAGACGAAAGUUUGUGGACCCCUGGAGCCCCAAAAUUCACCCUGAAGAAAUCAAAGAAGUGCUGUCAAGUGUCAUUCAGGUUUUGUCGGUGCUCCUUCUGGCAUUGGUCCUGCUGACGGUGGACGUGUCAGUCUUUCGUGUACUGGACGUGGUGAGCAAGCACACGCAUACCACCUUCAACGUCACGAGCAGCCAGCAGGUGGACAUAAAAGUCGGCGGAACCUCAAUGAUGGCGCGCCUCUUGCGGAGGACGUUUUCCGCCUUCAACACAUCGUCGAGGGUUCGCAUCGUAUCCGACAACCAGCGCUGCGUGACUACGCCCUCCUCCCUGGCCGCCUCUGCGUACAUCAGCGUUGCCUGCUGCCUCCUGCUGGCAGCGCUCUUCAGCUGCCUUCAGGUUUACGCUAACCGCCUGCGGAGGGUCAUCGCCGCCUUCUACCACCCCCGGAGGGAGAAAACCCGAAUCUUGUUCUUGUACAACCUCAGUCUGCACAGAAGAAUGUUGUACAGGCCUACGUGCAACCAACAGGCCCGCACAAACCCGGAAGUCAGCCAUGGCAGCGAAAUGAAACAACUUUUGCCGCCACUUUUGAUCCUGCUGAUCGGCGCCGGCGGGGCGUUCACGGGCGCCCGGACCCAGAACGCAACGCCGCCGCCCCGACACCAUCUCGCAGGUAUUGUGGAAUGGCGGCGCCCCCUGCUGGGGAGGACUCAACCUUUUGUUCUGGUCGGCGGGCAGAGGCGGAGCCUGAAGGAGGCACUCCAGGACGGUCACCCAGAGCAUCUGCAGUGUGGCCUGAAGGUCCGAGGUGAGGUCCUUGUCCUGGACCUGCAGAAAAAUCGCGACCUCCUGCCCAAAGCGCCAAACGUCUUCUUCUACCUGCCCAACGGCACUGGAAUUUCCAUGACGGACGACCCUGUGACGCAUUGUUAUUACCAUGGCAACGUAAGAGGAUUCCCAAGCUCCAGAGUGGCAAUCAGCACCUGCUCCGGUCUGCGCGGCGUGAUCGCCGUCAACUCCUCGUUGAGUUUGGAGGUUCAGCCGCAGGAGCUCCGCCCCCCGCGCCACAGCAUUGCGGCAAGUGGUCAAGGGGGCGGGGCCAGCGGAGGAGGAGUUGAAGAAGAGGCGGGAGAAGAUGGAGACCACCUGAUCUUCUCCAGCGCUCACGUGGCCGACCAAGCUGCCGCGAGCUGCGGCGUUUUGCACGGCCACGCCGACGUCCGCCACGAUACCAUCACGCACCCGCAACACAGGAUAAAAAGGGACAUCCUGUCUGAGACCAAAUACAUCGAGCUGGUGUUGGUGGCAGACCACCAGGAGUUCUUGAAUUACCAGAAGAAUAACAAGACCAUCAUCUACCGCUUGCUGGAUGUGGCCAAUCAGGUGGACUGGUAUUACCGGCCGCUGAAGGUGCGCGUGGCGCUGACGGGUUUGGAGGUGUGGAGCGACCGGGACAAGAUCCGCGUGGAGAAGAACCCCAGCGCCACGCUCAACAACUUCCUGCUGUGGCGGACCAGGGAGCUCCUGCCACGCCUUCGCCACGACAACGCUCAGCUCGUCAUGGGAAGCGCCUUGGACGGCACGACGGUGGGCAUGGCGGCGCAGGCGUCCAUGUGCUCCAGAGACCGCUCAGGAGGCGUCAACGUGGACCACCUGGUCAGCGUCCUGGGCGUGGCGUCCACGGUGGCUCACGAGCUGGGACACAAUCUGGGGAUGAGCCACGACAGCCCCGAACGGCGAUGCCGCUGCGACAAUCAACCCCGCAUGGGCGGCUGCAUCAUGGAACCCUCCACCGGGUUCCUGCCGGGUCAGCAGUUCAGCAGCUGCAGCGCAUCCGACCUGUCGGUCAGUCUUCUGCGAGGCGGUGGCAUGUGCCUAUUCAACGUGCCGCCGCCCGAACGCCUCCUGGGCGGGCCACGCUGCGGCAAUCUCUACGUGGAGCCCGGCGAGGAGUGCGACUGCGGCCUGCUGGAGGAGUGCCGGGACGCCUGCUGUGAUGCGGCCACGUGUCAGUUGCGCCCCGGCGCCCGCUGCUCGUCCGACGGCGUCUGCUGCCAGGACUGCCAGCUGCGGGCGGCAGGCUCCGUAUGCCGGGAGCCCAUCGGAGAGUGCGACCUGCCCGAGUUCUGCACGGGCUCCUCCCCCUUCUGCCCGCCCAACGUCUACGUUCAGAAUGGCGAGCCCUGCGAAGACGGCGCCGCCUACUGUUACGCCGGCACUUGCGCCAGCAUGCAUGCGCAGUGCCAGACACUUUGGGGACCCAAUGCCACCGCUGCACCGGCCAUCUGCUUCUCGUCCGUCAACAAGCAAGGAAACAAAUACGGAAACUGUGGCCAGCUCGCCAACGGGUCCUACGUUGCCUGUGCACCCAAUGACGUGCAGUGUGGCAGGAUCCAGUGCCAGGGCGGCCUGGAGCGCCCCCUGCUGGGCACCAACACCGAGAUCCUGACCACCACCGUGCGCUUCGAUCUCCACGACCUGGUGUGCCGCGGGACUGUCUUCCACCUGGGGGACGAUGUGUCCGACCCCGCCUCCGUGGCCCAGGGCACCGCCUGCGGACCCGGCAAGGCCUGCUUGGACCACAAGUGUCAGGAUGUUUCCGUCUUCGGCGUGGAUGAAUGCCACAGGAAGUGCAACGGUCACGGCAUCUGCAACAGCAACGACAAUUGUCACUGCCGACCGGGAUGGGCGCCGCCCGACUGCGCCUACGCCGGACGCGGGGGUAGCGUGGACAGCGGACCGGCGAGCGCUGCCACAGGGUCUGAUCCGGUCCUGGUGGCCCUGCUGGUGCUCUUCCUCGUCAUCCUGCCGGCACUGCUCCUCUUCCUCGCUCUUCGCUUUCCUCGCCUCCGUCGCGCGUGUUUCUCUUUGGGAGGCGGCAAACUCUCACCCAAAUCCUCACACAACCGGACUCCGGCGACAGAGCGCUCUUCGGACCGCAACGUGGAUCAAAUUCGUCCGCUGAGGUUUGAGACCAACGUGUCAUCGUCACCACCGUCGGACAUCCCCGGAACGCCGCCGCUCAAGGAGCUUGCCAACAGGCCUGCUCCUCCCACUAAGCCACUUCCCCCCGCCCCCCCACUAAAUCCCCCGCCGCAGCAAUCUGAAUGUCGUCCGGCUCCGCCCACCAAGCCUCUUCCACCUGCCCCUUCUGCCAGAGGUGUUAAGCUGCGAGCGAGCCGACCGGCUCCACCCACUAAGCCCCUCCCCCCUGACCCAGUCUCACCCGAUCAGGGUUCACGUCCGCCCAAACCAGCGGUCCCCAAAAAGCCGUCAGUUCUUCCGCCUCGCCCCCAUCUGACCGUUGCGUCUACAGCCUCGCCUAACAGCCGUGGCGGUCGUCAUCCUCCAUCGCGUCCCACAAUUCCGCCCAGACCAGAGCCGCGGUGACAGGACAGUGCCCCCCGCUGGUGGUGGUUAUGCAUUGCAGUGCCUUCUUGCCAAAGCAGCAACCGCUUCUCAUUGGCUGUCUGCAGGAAGCCACGCCCCCUUACAGCCAUGCCUUAGCAGGAGGUCACUUGACUGACAAACUGAAGACAAAAUAUGAAGUCCAUGUUUUUUUUUUUUGUAGGAAAAAAUAUCAAAUGGGGGAAAAAAACAAUGGCAGGAGUGAUGUCACGUCUGCAGGACUCUUCUGUCACUUUCUGUUGCUGCUUAACGAAAUAAAAGUAAUCAAACUCCAAA